UUUGUCAUAUCCCUUAUUCCAGUCGUUCCAGGCGAAACAACACCAUGAAGGUCGCUGUCGUCUUGGUUGCCAUCUUGGGCUGUUCCAACGCUUUACCCUCAUUGGACUGGUCGAAAAUCGAACCUAAUUAUGCGUAUGUCAAUCCCGUAAGCAACCUCUCAGUACCCGUUUUGCCCAGGAUAGUCGGCGGGCGAGAAGUUGUUCCGAAUUCUAAACCGUACCAGGUGGCUCUAAUCAUAGAUGGCGCUCAUUUCUGUGGAGGCGUUUUGAUUUCCAGUACCUUCGUUCUUACCGCUGGUCACUGCGUGGAAGGUCGCGCCUACAUCCAGAUCAUCUUGGGGGCCCACAACAUCAGAGAAAUCGAAUCCACCCAAAUAGUAAUCACCAGCACAAACAUCAACGUCCACCCGGACUACAACCGUCUUAACCUCAACAAUGAUAUCGCCUUGAUCAGAUUCCCCAAUGCCAUCACAUUCAACAACAACAUCCGACCGGUUGCCUUGGCUUCGGCUAGUGCAGGGUCUUUCGUGGACUACGAGGGUACCUUAACCGGCUGGGGAAGACUGUCAGAUGCCCAGACUAGCAUCGCUUCUACCUUGCACGCAGUGGACGUAACCAUUAUGGCGAAUUUCUGGUGUUCCAGGACCUACGGCACCAGCGUCAUCAUAGAUUCCACUAUUUGCACUUCAGGAGUUGGUGCCGUUGGCGGAUGUGAUGGCGAUUCCGGAAGUCCUCUGGUGGUGGAAACGGCCCUGGUUGGAGUUGCGUCAUUCGUGGCACAAACGGGAUGUCAACAAGGCCUUCCAACUGGCUAUGCGAGGAUCACAUCAUUCCUAAGCUGGAUUAUACAGAAUUCUGAUCUGGAGGCGUAAAUUAUUCUAUGGUUAUUAAUUUUCUAAUAAACUUGUACCACUGAA